AUAACGUAAGCUGUUUUAUCUUUUUACAUUUUAGCAUAUGAGUACAUUGGAACAGGUCAACAGAAAUGAUAGCAAGUACAGAGUUAGAGAUUCGCAUGAAACCAAACGAAAGUGAAGAUUUGGAUGAAAGGUUCUUGAACAAUGGUCACGUAAGCUCUAAAUCAGAUGUUGUAGAUAAUGAUCAAUUUAAUCCGAAGAGGGAUCAAUGGUCAAGUAAACUGGAUUUUAUUCUUGCCUGUGUAGGGUGCGCUGUUGGACUUGGCAAUAUUUGGAGAUUUCCAUACUUGUGCUACAAGAAUGGAGGAGGUGCGUUUCUGAUACCAUAUAUUAUAUGCCUUGUCACGUGCGGUUUGCCGCUUUUCAUCAUGGAACUGGCUCUCGGACAAUAUAUGAGUAUUGGCAAUGUGGAAACAUGGGCUAGACUAAUUCCAGCAUUUAAAGGAAUAGGAAUAGCAUCGUUCAUUGUUACUUUCCAAAUGAACAUCUACUAUAUCAUAAUCUUGGCUUGGGCUGCCUACUUUCUUGUCAUGUCAUUUUCUUCAACGCUUCCAUGGUCACAUUGUAACAAUGAGUGGAAUACAGACAGAUGUUGUAACACCGAUCAUCAAUGUUUCGUCAGUGCUGGUAAAUGAAUCAAGCAAAGGCAAGACAGUCGACGCGGUAAUAGAGUUCUGGGAGAGAAAGGUUCUACAUAUUUCCAGUGGUAUCGACGAGCCGGGAAGCAUAGUUUGGGAGUUGGCUGUAUCCUUACUCGUUAUCUGGAUAUUAGUAUAGUUCUGUGUUUGUAGAGGUGUCAGAGUGAGCGGAAAGGUCCCGGUUUAGUGUUUAUUGCCUAUCCUAAAGCGAUCACGGAGAUGCCGAUAUCACCUCUAUGGGCUGUACUUUUCUUCUUAAUGAUAUUGCGUGUUGGGUUUGACAGUCAGGUGAGUUUAUUUACUGUAAUGUCACGGUAGCAAGCACUCUUAACUAAACUUCUUUUCAGAAACUUAAUAGUCUGUCUGCUAUUAUUCUUCUUGGUUGCAUUCUAUGCUUCCAAAGGAUCUUUUCACAGAUUUUAUUAACUAUCGCAACAGCAAUCUGAAAAUGCCGUGUGGCGUGUGCAAAAAGUCUCCCCAUACUUUCAUUUAGUGUUGUCCUUUGGGAUCAUGGAAUCCAUUCAAAAGAUGUGGAAGAGAGUUCUGUUUAAGCCGGUGCUAGGAGCGAGAGAGGUGUUGCAUAUUUCAUUACUUCUCAUGAACCAAGGCU